CCUCCUCCUCCUCCUCCUCCUCCGCCUCCUCGGCUCCCUCGCGCUGCCCGAGCUCGCUGCGCCCCGCUUCUCUCUCGGCUGCGCCUCUCGCGCCACGACCGGCCCGCAGGGGAGGAAAGCCCGGCCUCGCGCCCUGUGGCUGCUCGCCCGCGAAGCCCGCAAGCCAUGGCCGCCGCGGGCUCUGCCGGUGCGCCCGCCAGCGAGCCGCGCCAGUGCGAGGCGCUCCUCGGCGCAGAGCCGGACGAGGCCGCCACCGCCCAGGGCGCCGGCCCGGCGCCCUCGCGCCCGCCGCGACGCGGCGCCUUCUGGGCGCUCGCGGCCGCCGCCGCGCUCGCCGCGGCCUGCGCC